AUGGCUGCCGAUCGCGCCACCGUCUCUGGCAUUGAUGCCGGAGAGGGCCUUCGCCAUCGCACAGUCGGCUCGUCGCCGGCUAUCCCUGCCGCGCCCCAGCCCGUCGAUGACAAGAAGCUGGCCAAGAAGGCCCCUACCGCACUGGACAUCUUCAACCAGUGGGAGCCCAUCUUUGCCCCGCUGAUUUUCACGGCUCUUGCCUUCUUCACUCGUCUCUGGAAGAUUGGCAUCAGCGAUAUUGUGACUUGGGAUGAAGCUCACUUCGGCAAGUUCGGCUCCUACUAUAUCAAGCACGAGUACUACUUCGAUGUCCACCCCCCGCUCGGCAAGAUGCUGGUCGGUCUCUCCGGUGUCAUGGCUGGUUAUAAUGGUUCUUUCGAAUUCAAGUCGGGCGACAAGUACCCCGAAGACGUCAACUACACAUUUAUGCGCGCCUUCAAUGCCUUCUUUGGCAUUAUCUGUAUUCCCCUGGCCUACUAUACUGCCAAGGAGCUCAAGCUUCGCCGCCCCGCCGUCUGGUUCGUCACUCUCAUGGUCCUCUGCGAGAACUCGUACACUACCAUUAGCCGAUUCAUUCUCCUCGAUUCCAUGCUGCUUUGCGGUACUGUUGCCACCGUCUUUUGCUGGGCCAAGUUCCACAACCAGCGCCACAACAGCUUCGAGCCUGAGUGGUUCCUCUGGCUAUUCCUCACCGGCAUUAGCAUUGGUUGCGUGUGCAGUGUCAAGCUCGUCGGUCUCUUUGUCACUGCUCUCGUCGGCAUCUACACUGCUGAGGAUCUCUGGAACAAGUUUGGUAACACCAAGAUGCCCGUCACUACUCUCGGUGCCCACGUUGUCACCCGUGUUGUUGGUCUCAUCGUCGUGCCCUUCCUCAUCUACAUGCUCUCUUUUGCCCUGCACUUUGCCAUUCUCAGCAAGAGUGGGCCUGGCGAUGCCCAGAUGAGCUCUCUGUUUCAGGCCAACCUCGAAGGUACCAAUGUCGGCAAAGACAGCCCUCUCGAAAUCGCCAUUGGAUCCCGCGCCACCAUCAAAAACAUGGGCUACGGCGGUGGCCUCCUCCACUCCCACGUUCAGACCUAUCCCGAGGGUUCUCAGCAGCAGCAGGUCACUUGCUACCACCACAAAGACGCCAACAAUGACUGGUUCAUCUACCCCAACCGCUCUGAGGCCGAUUACGAUGUCAACUCGACCGACAUUCGCUACAUUUCUGAUGGUUCCGUCAUCCGUCUCAUCCAUGCUUCCACUGGCCGCAACCUGCACUCGCAUGAGAUUGCUGCCCCUAUCACCAAGUCUGACCGCGAAGUUUCUUCUUACGGUAACCUGACCAUUGGUGACGACAAGGACCACUGGCAGGUUGAAGUCGUCCGCGACGCCGCUUCGCGUGAUCGCAGUCGUAUCCGCACGCUGGCUACUUCGUUCCGUCUCAAGCACCCCGUCCUCGGCUGCUACCUGCGCGCUGGCAACACCAAUCUUCCUCAGUGGGGUUUCAAGCAGAUUGAAGUGACGUGCACCCCCAAGAACAACCCGAGAGACGCCUACACCCAUUGGAACAUUGAGUCGCACUGGAAUGAGAAGCUCCCUGCCGGCGACCCUGGCUCGUACAAGUCUCCCUUCUUCCACGACUUUAUCCACCUCAACGUCGCCAUGAUGACAUCGAACAACGCCCUGGUCCCGGAUCCCGAUAAGCAGGAUGACCUCGCUUCUCAGUGGUGGCAGUGGCCGAUUCUGCACGUCGGUCUCCGCAUGUGCGGCUGGGACGACAACAUUGUCAAGUACUUCCUUCUCGGCAAUCCCUUUGUGUACUGGGCCUCGACGGUGUCCCUAGGACUCGUUGGUCUCGUUGUGGUUUGGUACAUUUUGCGCUGGCAGCGUGGCUUCAAGGACCUCAACAGCGAGGAGGUUGAUCAGAUUCACUACGCUGGCAUCUACCCUGUGCUCGGCUGGUUCCUCCACUACCUUCCCUUUGUCAUCAUGGCCCGCGUCACCUACGUCCAUCACUACUACCCGGCUCUGUACUUUGCCAUUCUUGCCCUCGGAUUUUUUGUCGACUGGCUGGUGAGAAACCGCAGCCAGGUUGUUCAGGGGGCCGUUUAUGGCGUCUUGUACACUGUGAUCAUUGGUCUCUACAUUUUGUUUAUGCCCAUUUGCUGGGGCAUGACGGGUCCCAACCAGCAGUACUCGUACAUGAAGUGGUUUGACACGUGGCGCGUUAGCGACUAA